AUGAGCGAGUCAAAAGCGAAGCAUUCGCUUGUUCCUCUUGCAACCCUGAUUGGUAGGGAGCUGAGGAGCGAGAAAGUAGAGAAACCUUUAGUCAAGUAUGGUCAAGCUGCUCUCGCCAAGAAAGGAGAAGACUACUUUCUGAUUAAAACCGAUUGUGAGAGGAUUCCUGGUGAUCCAUCCUCAGCCUUUUCUGUUUUCGGGAUAUUUGACGGACACAAUGGUAAUUCAGCUGCCAUAUAUACCAAGGAACAUCUUCUAGACAAUGUGGUGAGUGCAAUUCCUCACGGCGCAAGCAGAGAAGAGUGGCUUCAAGCUCUGCCUAGAGCUCUAGUUGCUGGCUUUGUGAAAACGGACAUUGAGUUUCAGCAGAAAGGGGAGACUUCUGGAACAACGGUGACGUUUGUUCUUAUUGAUGGUUGGACUAUCACUGUCGCUUCUGUUGGCGACUCACGCUGCAUAUUAGACACUCAAGGUGGUGUGGUUUCUCUACUCACUGUUGAUCACAGGCUGGAAGAGAAUGUUGAAGAGAGAGAACGCAUCACUGCCAGCGGAGGUGAGGUUGGAAGGCUCAACGUUUUUGGUGGCAAUGAGGUCGGUCCACUUCGAUGCUGGCCUGGUGGUUUGUGUCUUUCAAGGUCCAUUGGUGAUACCGAUGUGGGAGAAUUCAUUGUCCCAAUACCGCAUGUUAAGCAAGUCAAACUUUCAGAUGCUGGAGGGAGACUCAUUAUAGCAUCAGAUGGUAUAUGGGAUAUACUGUCAUCUGAUGUGGCUGCCAAAGUUUGUCGUGGUUUAUCUGCCGAGCUUGCUGCUAAACUUGUUGUUAAGGAAGCACUGCGAACAAAAGGGUUGAAGGAUGAUACUACAUGUGUAGUUGUUGACAUAGUUCCAUCUGAUCAUCUUGCCUCGGCUCCAGCGCCAAGAAAGAAGCAGAACGCAUUCGCCUCGUUGCUUUCUAGGAAGAAACAUACAGAUUCCAAUAACAAAAACGGGAAAAAGCUUUCUUCUGUUGGAGUUGUAGAAGAAUUGUUUGAAGAAGGUUCUGCUAUGCUUGCAGAUAGAUUGGGAAAGGAUCUUCCGUCGAAUACGGACAAUGGGCUCUUGAAAUGUGCUGUGUGCCAAACUGAUGAAUCUCCGGAUGAAGGUUUAUCAAACAACGGGGGUCCUAUCGUCUCAUCAGCAUCUAAGCGAUGGGAAGGUCCCUUCCUGUGCACAGUAUGCAAGAAAAAGAAAGACGCAAUGGAAGGCAAAAGAGCAAGCAAAGGUUCAGUGACCACUUGA